AUGUAUUCAAUUCAACAUGAUACAAAUAAUUCAUCUUAUGAAACAAUGAAUUAUAUACAACAACAACAACAAUUAAUAUUUCAUAAUCGUCAAAUGAUUAAAACAAAACAAUAUUAUUUUUGGUCAACGAAAUUUUAUGAUAAUAGAAAUAAAUCAAAAGAUAUACUACCGGUUUAUCAAACAUCGUGCACUUUUCAAAAAUCUAGAUAUGAUGAUGCAAAUGGUAUGUUUCAUCGUUCACCGUUAAUAUCAUUUUGUGUACCUGAUGUAUAUUGGUCGGGAUCAAAUGGUAAAUAUUCGCCACCACCCUCAUCAUCAAAUUUACCUCCACCACCAUCUGAAUGGCUUCCGUAG